CCACGCCGCGCCCGCCGUGGCGCGCUCCGACCACCACGCCGAGGCGUUCUGCGCCUCGUGCGCGCGCGACGCCUCGCGCCACUGCCACCGCCCCGCCGCCGCCUACACCGGUAUCCCCGGCCCCGCCGAGAUGGCCCGCAUCUUCUCUAUCGACGUGCCGGCACCGCCGCCGCCGCCGGCGGCGGCGGCGACGGAUGAGCCGUGGAUCACCGACACACUCCCAUUCGUCCCAUACGACAAUAGUAUGAGCUAUACAAAUUAUUGUUAUUAUCCCGAGGUAUUAAAAGAAGCCAAUGGUAAACUCAUUCUUUCCUUAAAUCUCUAAGUGAUCUGGUAUUAAAAAUAAGUGAUCUGGUAUUAAAAGAAGCCAAUGGUAAACUCUUAAAUCUCUAAGUGAUCUGCCUUCUUAAACAAAAGUGAGUUGCAUUUCUUUUCCUUACCUAAUUCAUCCCUUGAUCAAUCCCAUUAAUAUAUAGCAUUCCAUUAUAUGACUAACAUAUCAUCUUAUUACCAUCAUUCAAUUAACAUAAGCAUACUAAUAUAUAUAUACACACAUGUCUCAUUUGAGAUGUUUGAAGAUGCGAAUCCUGACAUUAGUAAAGAGAUGGCGACAAUAGGUGGAGAAGAUUUACUUGUUGACAAUGCAAAUCAGCAAGAUUACUUUCAAGCCUGGACAAACUCGUUUGAUUCAGUCGCACUAAUGGAACCAGGAGCAUUGCAAGUAAACGAUGGAACCUUCUUAUCUGGAUUUGGAUCCUUCUUAUUUCGAUUUGGGAUCCUAUCUGGACCCUGAUCAUCAGCAAAUGGCAUCCUCAUCGUGUUCAGACAUCGCACUGUUAUCAGAUACUAGCUUUCUGCAGCCUCUGAACAUGAGCAACGCACCUUAUGUUCAGUUACCGAUGAUGGACGCGAACAUCAACAACGAGAUAGGAGCAGCAACUUCAUCUUCAGAACUCGCACAGCUCAUACCGCAAUCUUCAGAUCAUAGUCUUCUGCAACCACUGAACAUAAACGACGAAACGGCAUAUGAUCAGUUACCGGUGAUAGACACAAACAGUAGCAACAACAACACAGGUUCAGAGUUUCCCUGUGUGAAUUUUCAGAGCUCCAACACGGGCUCGCUGCUGGGUGGGAGCUCAAACAUGUUUGACGGCCAAGAUCAACAGACCUCGCAUAUCGUGCUGCCCGAGAAAUCUUGCCCUGAUCCGGAGAAGAGACAGCGAGCUGUGCAGAGAUACAAGGAGAAAAAGAGCAACAGGAGGUUUGUCAAGCAGAUAAUGUACGCCUCCCGCAAGGCAACAGCAGACACGCGAAGGCGUGUCAGAGGCAGAUUUGUGAAGGCCUCAUUGGAGCAGGGCACCAGCUCUAAUGACAAUAAGCAGCCGAAGCAUGAGGGAAAUUGAUCCUCAUUAUUUAUUUAUUUAUUUAGAUCAUCUUUCUUAGGUUUUAGAGUGCAUGACAUGAUACCAAAAGAUCAUACAGUAUACAAAAAUUAUCAUAUUAGAAUUUAGAGGUAUGAAGAAUUCAAUUAUUUUUUGAAGGUUUAUAUCCCUACAGGCCUAUAGGUGGGCAGACCGGAUUCCAACGUGAAGAAGUUGGGUUUUUUGUUUUUCAGUCAUUUCCAAGGUUAGGAUAGGAUAGACAUUUAGAAGAGUUUUUUUUUCCUUUGAAUUUUGUCGUAGAAUAAAUGUAGGACUCUCUUUUGUAAAUGACAAUUUUGUCUAGCUGAGGCUCUUGCAUUUAUGUCAAAAUUUUGUCACUCAUGUCCUUUGGCAUAAUAAAUGUUUGCAUUUUUUGUUUAA